AGGUUUUCCUGUGAAUUAAAAGGAAGUAAGACCAAAGCCUUAUUCUGGAGCAUUGAAGCCACUUUUGAUGGAUGUGCUUAUGUUGUGACUAUGCCACCUUCUGCAGCAAAUGUGACUAAUGCGCUUCUUUUCCUCUACUCCUUGAAGCAAAGCAAAUCAGCUGUGAGAUUGAAGGAGGACAUGAAAAAGAUAGCUGCACUUCCACUGAACAAGCAGAGGGACACAACCUGUCCAAAGGUGUUUGGUGUGAGUCUUCUGGAGCUCCAGCAGCAGGGACUGAGCAAGAACGGCAUCCCAAUAGUUGUGUGGAAUAUAGUCGAGUACCUCACCCAGCAUGGUAUGACACAGGAAGGCCUCUUCAGGGUAAAUGGCAGCAUGAAAAUGGUAGAACAGUUGCGUCUGCAAUAUGAGCGUGGAGAAGAGGUGGAACUUGUUAAAGAUGGUGAUGUCUACUCAGCAGCCAGUCUGUUGAAGUUAUUUUUGAGAGAGUUGCCAGAUGGGAUUAUCACCUCUGCCUUACAUCCCAGGUUCAUUCAGCUUUACCAGGGUUGUAUAAACGACAUGCAGAAGGAAAGUAACUUGAAAGAGCUCCUUAAAGAACUGCCUGAUGCUCAUUACUGCCUGCUGAAGUAUCUGUGCCAGUUCCUGAUAAAGGUUGCUGAACAUCAUGUAGAGAACAGGAUGAACCUUUGCAAUCUUGCCACAGUAUUUGGACCAAACUGCUUUCACGUGCCGUCUGGAUUUGAAGGUAUAAAAGAACAGGAGAUCUGCAACAAGAUAAUGACAAAAAUGCUGGAAAAUUACAAUACCUUGUUUGAAUUGGAAGGUUUGAAGAAGGAUGAAGAAAAGCCUGUGUGUGAAGAGCUAGCAAGAAUUAUUUUGGUAAAA